AUGUCGUCCACCGCCAUCCCCAAGCGCGUUGCGCUGAACCGCAACCCCACCACAGACUCGUCGAAUGUGAGCUCUGUCUCGGCUUCGCCGUUUGACAGCCCGCGCCAAUCUCCCUCUUCGACCUCUCUGUCCUCAAUGGCUUCCGAGCAGGAGGCUAGCAAGAUGCUCGACGCCUACGGCAACGAGUUCAAGAUCCCGGACUACACUAUCAAGCAGAUCCGUGAUGCCAUUCCCGCCCACUGCUUCCACCGUUCCGCUGUUACCAGUCUGUACUACGUCUUCCGGGACUUGGGUAUCAUCGCCUCUAUCUUCUACGUCUUCCACAACUAUGUGACCCCCGAGACCAUUCCCUCCCUGCCUGCUCGUGUUGUCCUCUGGACCUUGUACACCAUUGUGCAGGGACUUUUCGGUACCGGUGUCUGGGUUUUGGCCCACGAGUGCGGUCACCAGGCCUUCUCUCCCUCCAAGGUUCUGAAUGACACCGUCGGCUGGAUCUGCCACUCUUUCCUGCUCGUUCCUUACUUCUCCUGGAAGAUCUCCCACGGCAAGCACCACAAGGCCACCGGUAACAUCGCCCGCGACAUGGUCUUCGUGCCUAAGACCCGUGAGCAGUACGCUACCCGCGUUGGCAAGACCCUGCACGAGCUCGGUGAGCUGUGCGAGGAGACCCCCAUCCUGACUGCCGGCAACCUUAUCGCCCAGCAGCUCUUCGGCUGGCUCAUGUACCUGGCGACCAACGUCACUGGCCACAACAACCACUCCAAGCAGCCCGAGGGCCGCGGUAAGGGCAAGCAGAACGGCUGGGGCGGCGGUGUCAACCACUUCAACCCCUCCAGCCCUCUGUAUGAGGCCAAGGAUGCCAAGCUCAUUGUCCUGAGUGAUCUGGGUCUCCUCCUCACCGGAACUGCCCUGUACUUGAUCGGCUCCAACUACGGCUGGAUGAACCUGCUCGUCUGGUACGGCCUUCCCUACCUGUGGGUUAACCACUGGCUCGUCGCCAUCACUUUCCUCCAGCACACCGACCCUACCCUCCCCCACUACCAGCCUGAGGUUUGGAACUUCGCCCGCGGCGCCGCUGCCACUAUUGACCGCGACUUCGGCUUCGUCGGCCGCCACAUCUUCCACGGCAUCAUCGAGACCCACGUCCUCCACCACUACGUCAGCAACAUUCCCUUCUACAACGCCGACGAGGCCAGCGAUGCCAUCAGAGUCGUCAUGGGCGAUCACUACCGCACCGAGGCCCACACCGGCUGGACUGGAUUCUUCAAGGCCAUGUGGACCUCCGCCCGUGUCUGCCACUGGGUUGAGCCCACCGAGGGUGCCACUGGUGAGAGCCAGGGUGUUCUGUUCUACCGCAACACCAACGGCCUUGGUGUUCCUCCCACCAAGAUCCCCGCCAAGGCUCAAUAG